AUGUUUUGGAAAAAUAUUUUUUCAAUUGUUGAAUCAAAAGUGCAAUCUUUGAGAAUUAACAAUAACGAUUCAUUUGCUUCAUUAAAAUUAGUUCCAAAUGUAAAAUCAAUUAUUAUAUCUUCAUCAUAUAGUUUAGCAGAAGAACAUUUAGAAUUAAUCCUAAAGAUUGAUCGAUUUAAAAAAAUACGUUCAUUAAUAAUGAAGUUCAAUGAAUUAUUUUUUACACCAUCAUUGUAUGAUAAUUCAGUUAAUCAAGAUCUUUUAUUAUAA